ACGUCAUUGGUCAGUGUUUCCGCGACUAGUCUGGUUUCCUGCCACUCCUCUCCGAAGGCCCUGCCGAGAUUAUUCCUACGCAGUACGCAGUGACAGCUGAGUGUAAUAUUCCGAGAAGUUUGUGGAGUUACGAAGCCAACCUGCUGAGCCUGAAAGAUGGCGCAGUUCUCAACAGUGUUGUUGGUAGCAAGCACAGCUGUAAUGUUGGUAACACUUCUGACAGUUGAUGCAGCUUCCACAGCGGAAUGUAUUAAAGAUACCUACCGAUGCGUGCACAAAACGGAGUGCUGUAGUGGCUGUUGUGUGGAAGAGAAGUGUGUCCCUUUCGCGGACGACUGCAAUGCUGCGCAAAGUCCAUGCGCAGUACACUCGUGUCCUCCAGGGAAGACUUGCUACUUACAGCAGGUGCAGUGUAUAGCAGCGCCUUGUCUCCCGGUACCGGCCUGCAAAGAUCAGGAUUACGACGAGUACAACUAACCAAUUGCAUCUCGCGUUCUACAUGGACGACGUCUUCGUAGACAGGACAUCACGAGUUUCAAUCUGGACCUGAAACCCGUUUAUCCUAACGGGAAACCCUCAUGAUUUUCUCAAAUAUAAAAACAUGAAAAUUCUAAAACAUGAAAAUUCUAAAAAAUCACACAGUAAAACAGGCCACAACCAUUUCCUUGAAAGCAUCCCCGAAUUUAUUAUUAUUAUUAUUAUUAUUAUUAAACACUCAAUUUGUGGUAUUUUAUAACGACACUGUCAGUGGCUCCCGGACUGUUGACUUAACGAAUUGGAUGAUAUUGCGAUCAGUGGAAAAUUAUUCCAGGUCGAGAUUUGAACCAAGGACUUCCCGAAUACGAAGCAGCUCGGAUGCGACAUGCAAUAUAUUGGACCUCACCACAAACAGUUCUUCAGUGACGCCACUGAAGUGCUACCAACGCGCUGAUAUUUAAAGAAGUAUCAGGAUGCAAUUUUAGUGUCCUUACUAAGUUACCAGUCAGUACAGGUUGAAAUGAAUUCAACUGCUUUAAUUGUACACCUAGGCCUACUCUGUAUACCAUUAUGUCGUUCGUAGCAUUGAAAUGGUUUAAAUUAUAGAUAAGAGAACAAUUUGGGUGACUCGUUGCCUUUCCAACUCACUCUUCACUAAUCUUCCUUAUAUUUUACGUCAUAUAACAUGAGAUGUUGACUACAUAGUUGACUGAACUAUAAAAGAAUAAAGUUAAGCUCCUC